UCUUCAGCGGAAAUAAGAAAACAGUUUACUCUGCCACCAAACCUUGGCCAGUACCAUCGACAUAGCAUAAGUACUUCUGGCUUCCCUUCUCUUCAGCUACCUCAGUUUUAUGACCCAGUGGAGCCUGUGGACUUUGAAGGACUUCUGAUGACACACCUCAACAGACUGGAUGUGGAGCUGACUCAGGAGCUGGGAGACUUCAGUGAAGAUGACUUGGAUGUGGUCUUCACACCCAAGGAAUGUCGGACUUUGCAGCCCUCACUACCAGAAGAAGGGGUUGAACUGGACCCUCACGUCAGAGACUGUGUUCAGACCUAUAUUCGCGAAUGGCUGAUUGUGAAUCAGAAAAACCAAGGAAGUUCAGAAGUCUGCAGCUUUAAGAAGACUGGCUCCCGAAAAGAUUUCCACAAGACGCUUCAGAAACAGAACUUUGAGUCAGAAACCUUGGAGAGCAGUGAACGCCGCACUCAGGCAGGUCCCUGGCAUGUCAACAUUCUGUGCGAUGUGUCUGGAAAGGGUCCCCUCACUGCCUGUGACUUUGACCUCAGAAGCCUGCAGCCGGACCCGAGGCUGGAAAACCUGUUGCAGCAAGUGAGUGCCGAGGACUUUGAAAAGCAGAAUGAGGAGGCCCGGAGGACCAAUCGGCAGGCAGAGAUCUUUGCCCUCUACCCGCCAGUAGAUGAGGAGGAUGCUGUGGAAAUACGUCCGGUACCGGAAUGUCCUAAGGAACAUCUGGGCAGUAGAAUACUGGUCAAGGUGCUAACUCUCAAGUUUGAGAUUGAAAUUGAGCCUCUGUUUGCCAGCCUUGCCCUUUAUGAUGUUAAAGAAAGAAAAAAGAUCUCAGAAAAUUUUCACUGUGACCUGAACUCUGAUCAGUUCAGAGGCUUCCUGCGUGCUCAUACACCGUCUGUGGCGACAUCAAGCCAGGCACGGUCUGCGUUGUUCUCAGUCACCUACCCUUCCUCAGACAUCUACCUGGUGAUCAAGAUUGAAAAGGUUCUUCAGCAGGGAGAGAUUGGAGACUGUGCAGAACCCUACAUGGUUAUCAAAGAAAGUGAUGGUGGAAAGAGUAAAGAAAAGGUUGAAAAACUAAAACUUCAAGCUGAAUCAUUCUGCCAACGGUUGGGGAGAUACCGAAUGCCUUUUGCCUGGGCCCCCAUCAGCCUAACGAGCUUCUUCAGUGUGUCCACUCUGGAGAGGGAGGUAACUGAAGUGGAGUCCAUGACUGGAAGAAGCUCUGUGGGUGACCGGAGAACUCUGCCCCAAGCUCGAAGGCUUUCUGAAAGAGCCCUCUCCUUGGAGGAAAAUGGUCUUGGCUCAAAUUUCAAGACUAUCAACAUGACCAUUAACAGCUUUUACAAGCAGGAGGGAGAUCGCCUUAGUGAUGAAGACUUAUUUAAGUUCCUAGCUGACUACAAGAGAUCCUCUUCCUUACAGAGAAGAGUCAAGUCAAUUCCAGGCUUGCUCAGACUGGAGAUUUCCACAGCUCCAGAGGUGCUCAGUUGCUGUCUGACUCCUGAGAUGCUGCCAGUGAAUCCCUUUCCUGAGAACCGAACACGUCCACACAAAGAGAUUCUGGAAUUCCCAAUCAGGGAGGUCUACGUUCCUCAUACUGUGUACAGAAACCUUCUCUACGUCUAUCCACAGAGGCUGAACUUUGCCAACAAACUAGCAUCUGCCCGGAACAUUACAAUAAAGAUCCAAUUUAUGUGUGGAGAGGACCCUAGCAACGCUAUGCCGGUCAUCUUUGGAAAAUCCAAUGGGCCUGAAUUUCUGCAAGAAGUAUACACAGCCAUCACAUACCAUAAUAAGUCUCCUGACUUUUAUGAAGAAGUGAAAAUUAAGCUCCCUGCUAAACUCACAGUAAAUCACCACCUCCUGUUCACCUUCUAUCACAUCAGCUGCCAGCAGAAACAAGGAACCUCUGUAGAAAGUCUCGUGGGAUAUUCAUGGCUGCCAGUUCUCUUAAAUGAACGUCUUCAAACUGGAUCCUACUGUCUCCCAGUCGCCUUGGAAAAGCUGCCACCCAACUACUCUAUGCACUCAGCAGAGAAAGUCCCUGUACAGAGUCCUCCCAUUAAGUGGGCUGAAGGCCAUAAGGGAGUAUUUAAUAUUGAAGUGCAAGCUGUUUCCUCUGUUCACACCCAGGACAACCACCUAGAGAAGUUCUUCACCCUCUGCCACUCACUGGAGAGCCAGGUGACCUUCCCCAUCCGCGUGCUGGACCAGAAGAUCAGCGAGGCGGCUCUGGAGCAUGAGCUCAAGCUCAGCAUCAUCUGCCUCAACUCCUCCCGCCUGGAGCCACUGGUGCUCUUCUUGCACCUGGUGCUGGACAAGCUCUUCCAGCUGUCCGUGCAGCCCAUGGUCAUCGCCGGACAGACAGCCAACUUCUCCCAGUUCGCCUUUGAGUCAGUGGUGGCCAUCGCCAACAGCCUGCACAACAGCAAGGACCUGAGCAAGGACCAGCAUGGGAGGAACUGCCUGCUGGCCUCCUAUGUGCACUAUGUCUUCCGCCUGCCAGAGCUGCAGAGGGACUUGCCCAAGUCAGGUGGCCCCCCAGCUCUCCCUGACCCCCGGUACCACACAUAUGGACGCACGGCUGCUGCAGCUGUGAGUUCAAAGCUGAUGCAGGCCCGGGUGAUGAGCAGCAGUAAUCCAGACUUGGUGGGGACGCACUCUGCCGCAGAUGAGGAGGUGAAGAGCAUCAUGUCCUCAAAGAUUGCUGAUCGGAACUGCAACCGGAUGUCUUACUAUUGCUCUGGCAACAGUGAUGCUCCCAGCUCAACAGCAGCCCCCAGACCAGUCAGCAAGAAGCAUUUCCAUGAGGAGCUUGCCUUGCAGAUGGUGGUGAGCACUGGGAUGGUGAGAGAAACAGUCUUCAAGUAUGCCUGGUUCUUCUUUGAGCUUCUGGUGAAAAGCAUGGCCCAGUAUGUACACAACAUGGACAAACAAGACAAUUUUCGGAAAACUCGUUUUUCUGACCGUUUCAAAGAUGACAUAACUACUAUUGUUAAUGUGGUCACCUCAGAGAUUGCAGCUCUUUUGGUAAAACCUCAAAAGGAAAAUGAGCAGGCAGAGAAGAUCAACAUCAGUCUGGCUUUCUUCUUGUAUGACCUUCUCUCUCUCAUGGAUCGAUACUUUGUGUUUAACCUCAUCAGGCAUUACUGCAACCAGCUGUCAGCCAAGCUCAACAAUCUUCCCACACUCAUUUCCAUGAGGCUGGAGUUCCUGAGGAUUCUCUGCAGCCAUGAACAUUACCUCAAUCUGAACCUCUUCUUUAUGAAUGCAGAUACUUCUCCAGUAUCUCCUUGUCCCUCCAUAUCUUCUCAGAACUCCAGCUCUUGUUCCAGUUUCCAGGACCAGAAGAUUGCCAACAUGUUUGACCUGACUUCCGAGUACCGUCAACAGCACUUCCUUACCGGCCUGCUCUUCACUGAGCUGGCUGCUGCCCUGGACGCUGAGGGAGAAGGAAUCAGCAGAGUGCAGAGGAAGGCUGUCAGUGCCAUCCACAGCCUGCUGAGCUCCCAUGACUUGGACCCUCGUUGUAGCAAACCAGAGGUGAAGCUCAAAAUUGCUGCUCUUUACUUGCCUUUGGUUGGCAUCAUACUGGAUGCAUUGCCACAGUUCUAUGACUUCACAGUAGCAGAUGCCCGAAGUGGGAAGAACCGCUCCAGUGGCUCUGAUGAAGAGCAAGACAGCGCGAUUAACCAGAAUAUUGCUCAGGCCAUAGCUGGGAAUCACUUUAAUUUGAAGACAAGUGGGCCACUGCUGUCUUCCUUGCCCUACAAGCAGUAUAACAUGCUGAAUGCGGACACCACCCGGAACCUCAUGAUCUGCUUCCUCUGGAUCAUGAAAAAUGCUGAUCAGACUCUCCUUAGGAGGUGGAUUGCUGACUUGCCCUCAAUGCAGCUCAACAGAAUUUUAGAUCUUCUCUUCAUCUGUGUGUCCUGUUUCGAGUACAAGGGAAAGCAGAGUUCAGACAAAGUGAGCACCCAAGUCCUGCAGAAGUCGAGGGAUGCCAAGGCCAGGCUGGAGGAGGCCCUGCUCCGUGGGGAGGGGGCCAGAGGCGAGAUGAUGCGGCGUCGGACCCCAGGGAACGACCGCUUUCCAGGCCUAAAUGAAAACCUGAGAUGGAAGAAAGAGCAGACACAUUGGCGGCAAGCAAAUGAGAAGCCAGAUAAAACAAAGGCAGAGUUAGAUCAAGAAGCCUUGAUCAGUGGGAAUCUGGCCACAGAAGCAAAUUUGAUCAUCCUGGAUAUGCAGGAAAACAUUAUCCAGGCUAGCUCAGCUCUAGACUGCAAAGACACCCUGCUGGGAGGCAUUCUAAGGGUGCUGGUGAAUUCUUUGAGCUGCGAUCAGAGCACCACCUACUUGACUCACUGCUUUGCAACACUCCGUGCUCUCAUUGCCAAGUUUGGAGACUUGCUGUUUGAGGAAGAGGUGGAGCAGUGUGCAGACCUCUGUCAGCGGGUGCUACAUCACUGUAGCAGCAGCAUGGAUGUGACCCGGAGCCAAGCCUGUGCCACCCUCUACCUGCUCAUGAGAUUCAGUUUUGGAGCCACCAGUAAUUUUGCGAGAGUAAAGAUGCAAGUAACCAUGUCUCUGGCAUCUCUGGUGGGCAAAGCACCAGACUUUAAUGAGGAGCACCUGAGAAGAUCCUUGAGGACAAUUUUGGCCUAUGCAGAAGAGGACAUAGCCAUGCAGACCACUCCUUUCCCCAUCCAGGUAGAGGAACUUCUCCGCAAUCUGAAUAGCAUUUUAUAUGACACGGUGAAAAUGAGGGAAUUCCAGGAAGAUCCUGAGAUGCUUAUGGAUCUCAUGUACAGAAUUGCCAAGAGUUACCAGACCUCUCCAGAUCUGCGGCUGACCUGGCUGCAAAACAUGGCAGAAAAACACAGCAAGAAAAAGUGCUACACAGAGGCCGCCAUGUGCCUGGUGCACGCAGCCGCCUUGGUGGCUGAGUACCUCAGCAUGCUGGAGGAUCACAAUUACCUGCCUGUGGGCAGCGUCAGCUUCCAGAAUAUCUCUUCCAAUGUGCUGGAGGAGUCUGCAGUCUCAGAGGACACCUUGUCCCCAGAUGAAGACGGUGUGUGCUCGGGGCGCUACUUCACCGAGAGCGGCCUGGUAGGCCUCCUCGAGCAGGCAGCUGAGCUCUUCAACACGGGAGGACUGUAUGAGACAGUGAAUGAGGUCUACAAACUGGUCAUCCCCAUUCUGGAAGCACACCGGGACUUCCGGAAGCUGAGCUCCACCCAUGACAAGUUGCAGAAGGCCUUCGACAGCAUUAUCAGCAAGGGUCAUAAGAGGAUGUUUGGAACUUACUUUCGAGUUGGCUUCUAUGGGUCCAAAUUUGGGGACUUGGAUGAGCAAGAAUUUGUUUACAAAGAGCCUGCAAUUACCAAACUUCCAGAGAUCUCUCAUAGACUAGAGGGGUUUUAUAGUCAGUGUUUUGGUGCAGAAUUUGUAGAAGUGAUAAAAGACUCAGCUCCUGUGGACAAAACCAAGUUGGAUCCUAAUAAGGCCUACAUUCAGAUCACGUUCGUGGAGCCCUACUUCGAUGAGUACGAGAUGAAAGACAGAAUCACCUACUUUGAGAAAAAUUUCAAUCUGCGCAGGUUCAUGUACACCACGCCCUUCACGUUGGAGGGGCGGCCCCGCGGAGAAUUGCACGAGCAGUACCGCAGGAACACGGUGCUCACCGCCAUGCACGCCUUCCCCUAUAUCAAGACCAGGAUCAGUGUCAUCCACAGGGAGGAGUUUGUUUUAACACCAAUCGAAGUUGCCAUUGAAGAUAUGAAGAAGAAAACCUUGCAGUUGGCAGUGGCCAUUAACCAGGAACCCCCAGAUGCUAAGAUGCUUCAAAUGGUGCUGCAGGGAUCCGUUGGAGCCACUGUCAAUCAGGGACCAUUGGAAGUAGCUCAAGUGUUCUUGGCUGAAAUUCCAGCUGACCCGAAGCUCUAUCGCCAUCACAACAAGUUAAGAUUAUGCUUUAAGGAAUUCAUAAUGAGAUGUGGUGAGGCUGUGGAGAAAAACAAGCGUCUCAUCACGGCAGACCAGAGGGAGUACCAGCAGGAACUCAAAAAGAACUACAACAAGUUGAAAGAGAACCUCAGGCCAAUGAUAGAGCGGAAGAUUCCGGAACUCUACAAGCCAAUAUUCAGGGUGGAAAGUCAAAAGAGAGACUCCUUCCACAGAUCCAGUUUCAGGAAAUGUGAAACCCAGUUGUCACAGGGCAGUUAAGAAAAACCACCUUCACCCUUGGAGACCAAGACCCUACAGACCUGGGAAAGGACUCACUGAUCCUGAAAACAAAGGACAUUUGCUACCAGGGGACAAAUGGCUCACUCCCCAGUCAACAGGGCAGCACCUCAGAGGUUCAGGCAGCCCAUACCCCUGGGGGUCACACACAGGUGGGGUCUGGCCAGAUUUGGGCCAUACCUACAGGUGAAAGUGACAGAGGAUGACUAGCCAGGGAUAUCUGUGUAUUUAUUACAGCUUUUUUUUUUCCACCCUUACAAUAUUGUACAAAGCAAGGCAAAGGUAGCCUCUCCCACUGAAGCAUCACCAUCUGCCCUAGAGGUGACUUCCCCUAACCCAAAUUGCCUGGGGGGAAAUGGAGACUGUCCGGCAGUCUCAUCAGCCUGUUCACACCACCACACCCCAUCCCUGCUUUGGGGUUGGACAGGGGUCAGCUUGCAGAACAGAACAUUUUCAAGGAGGGGAAACCUCCUUGUAAAGGGAAUCCUUGUGGGAAAUUUAAGAAUCAUGGCACUCAAGAUUUGGAAAGAAAUUAAUGAUGUGCGAGCCCAAUCCUGUUUGCAUAGAAGUGGUCUGAUGGUUCUUUAUCCCCGGCUUCUGGUUUCUGUUAAGUGGAUUCAAUGUGCUGUGAGAAAAAGGGCUCAAAGACUGACUGAGGAGCAACAAGGUACCUGAGCACCCACUGGGACCAGACAAUGCACUUUGCUGAAGACAGAUCCCUGGCAAUGCUGUGUGUUUCUGCCCUUUUUCUCUGCUCUUACGCUUUUUUCACCUGCCCUUUGGGACCAAUCCAAUUGUUUGUAACAGGACAAUAUCUCUGCCUUCCUUUUGGAACAAGCGUGCCAUCUGUCAGCAUCCUUACCACAACUACACAGCAUAAUUACCAGCUUUGGGUCCUUUAGACACUGUGUUUUAGGAGAAAGAUGAACAAAAUGAUUAUCUGAUAAUUAAAUUAUAUAUUUUUCGUAUGA